ACUAGAACACUUGUACGGUAUCUUUCCGACCAAGUUGAGCCAAAAGCGAACGUCCCGAAGGAUGGCGUUUGUUUAAGCGGCUCCUAUUUAUGUGCCAGACGCUUGUGUGAUACGACGUGCUAGGAAAGUUACUUGCAAUAAGAAGACAACACCGGUGAAUUGAGGACAAAAUGCGGCAUUGCAUUGGUUGUUGGAUAUUGCUUGCAAUAUAUGCAUCCAUUACAGGAGAUAUCGAAGCAGCCACGUUUACCGUUACAUCGCAGGUGUACAUGGACGUAUCGAUUGAUGGCGAGAAAAUAGGGCGCAUAACGAUCGGAAUGUUUGGUGAGGAAGCCCCAAAAACGGUGGCCAACUUUCGUCAACUUUGUACAAAGGAUGUGGACGGAUUCAGCUACAAAGGUAGUCGGUUCCAUCGCGUUAUCCAGAAGUUUAUGAUACAAGGUGGUGAUGUUGUGUCCGGUGAUGGCCAUGGUGCGAUCAGCAUGUACGGGAAGUAUUUCGACGACGAAAAUCUUAAGAUCAACCACACGUGCUCAGGCUUCAUAGCGAUGGCGAACCGUGGCCCAAACACGAAUGGGUGCCAGUUUUAUAUUACCACCCUGCCGGCACCGUGGCUGGACGGUAAGCAUACCAUCUUCGGGAAAGUUCUUGAUGGACAGGCUGUGGUCCACAAGGUGGAACAGGUGCGAACGGAUACGGACGAUUAUCCAGUGAAACCGGUCAUCAUUGAGGAUUGUGGAGAUCUUCCCAUCCUUGGGCCGUUUACCGUUUCGGACGACCCAUACGAUUUGUGGGCCUGGAUAAAGGCAGCGUACCUUCCACUCGGAAUGUCUUUUUCCAUUCUAGCUUUCUUCCAGUACAUCAUCCGCAAGCUGGACGGAUUCACGAGCCGCGAAGCUGCACGCAACGAGCAACUAGCCAAAACUGAGUAA